AUGAAAGCUAGUAUGAUGCCUUUGAAACCUGUCGUUGGUCGUUUCUUUUCUACUUCGUCGUCUGUGAUGAAAACAUUAAAGAUAGGUUUAAUUCCCGGUGACGGAAUUGGUAGAGAGGUGAUUCCCGCUGGACGGAAAGUUUUGGAAAGUUUAUCAUCAAAACACGAUUUGCAAUUUGAAUUUGUAGAUUUAGAAGCUGGGUUCGAGUUGUUCAAAAAGACAGGUACCGCGUUGCCUGAUAGGACAGUAGAUGUUUUGCAAAACGAGUGUGAUGGUGCAUUGUUUGGUGCUGUUUCCUCGCCGACAACAAAAGUAGAAGGAUAUUCUUCCCCAAUUGUCGCUUUGAGAAAAAAAUUGGGUCUUUUCGCUAAUGUGCGUCCUGUUAAAUCAGUCAAGGGUAUAGGAAGACCGGUUGAUAUGGUAAUUGUCCGUGAAAACACCGAGGAUUUAUAUGUGAAGGAAGAGAGAACAUUCAAAAGGGAAGAUGGAACAAAAGUUGCAGAGGCUAUCAAAAGAAUUAGUGAGACUGCUUCUAAGAGAAUUGCGAAAAUGGCCUAUGAUAUUGCCUUGCAAAGGCAAGCCAUUCGUGAUGCCACAUCAGCAGGGUCGGAACAAAUACACGAGAAACCCUCUGUCACUGUAACUCACAAGUCUAAUGUUUUAUCACAAUCGGAUGGCUUAUUCAGAGAGUCAUGCAAAGCAGUUUUCGAUGCAAAUCAAGAUAAAUAUAGUGGAAUUGAAUACAAAGAACAAAUUGUCGAUUCAAUGGUUUAUCGUAUGUUUAGAGAGCCAGAGAUUUUUGAUGUAGUAGUUGCACCAAAUCUUUAUGGUGAUAUUUUAAGUGAUGGUGCAGCAGCUUUGGUUGGAUCUUUAGGGGUUGUUCCAUCGGCAAAUGUUGGUGAAUCCUUUGCAAUUGGCGAGCCAUGUCAUGGAUCAGCACCAGAUAUAGAAGGAAAAGGUAUUUCCAACCCAAUUGCCACAAUAAGAUCCACUGCUUUGAUGUUGGAGUUCAUGGGUUACCCAGAACCUGCAGCAGAAAUUUACAAAGCAGUGGAUGCAAACUUAUCAGAAGAUAAAAUCAAAACUCCAGACUUGGGAGGAAACUCAUCCACUCGAGAAGUUUUGGAUGAUAUCAUCAAGAGACUUUGA